GCUACCGCGUCAACGCGACGUUUCUACCAAGAGCUCGGUUCCAUUUUGCCCUCUGGCUACACCAUCUAUUAACUUUUCAGUACCAAUCCGAAUCAACGAUACUACUUGUCGCAUGAUCGCAUGACUGCUGGCGAAUAAUAUAUUAUUUAUCAAUCCCGCGCGCUGAACCCGCGCCAUCCGCUCAUCUCCUCCGUCGCCCAGUGGUUGUCGCGCCCAACGAAUCGCCGCUCUUCUCCGAACGUUAUCGACCAUUGACGAUCCAUUUCAUCAAAAAUGGCCACCGACUACAGCAAGAAGACUAAUGCCGAGCUAGUGGAGAUCCUCAAGUCUCGCUCCUUGCCUCACACUGGUAAGAAGGCGGAGAUGGUUGCCCGCCUCCAGGAGGAUGACAACAGCAAGGCGCAGACUGCAGCGCCAGCAGCAAAAGCCGAUAACGCAGAAGAUGUGAUUGACUGGGAGGACGAUGAUGUGCCUGCCGCAGAUGCUGCUGCAGCGAAGCCGUCAACGGAGGCUGGUGCUACUGCGAUCGCUGCAGGUGGCCAGGGCGCUGUUUCUAACCCGACCGUUGUUCCGAACCAGCAGCAAGACACCAACCCCGCCACUACAAAUGAUCUUAAGGUAGAAUCUAAUGGGGAUGCUGCCCCUACUGUACAAGAGGGAACGGAGGCAGCACCUGCUGAGGCCGCCGAGACGACUGAGGCAGCUCCGGCUGAGGAGAAGCCAGCGCCCGAUUACUCCAUGGGCCUUUCCGUUACCGACAUGGAAGAGGAAUUGAAGAAGCGUAAGGCUCGUGCCGAAAAAUUUGGCAUUACUGAAGACUCGAAGACCGCAAUCGAAGAAGCGGAGAGAAAACUUGAGAGGGCUAAACGGUUUGGUGCUGCUCCUGAGGAACCGGCUGCAACCGGAGUUAGCAAAUUGGACCAGGCACUUCCCAGCGAGAAGGCCCGCAAGAGGGGUCGCGGCGAGAAUGAUCAAGGCAAGCGGGGAGGCAAACGACGGGAUUUCGGUGGGAGGAACAGGAAUCAGAACCAGAACCAGAACCAGAACCAGAACCAGAACCGGCGACGGGGUCAGGGUAACCGUAACCAAGGUCAAAACCAACGCAGCAAUGAGAAGCCUGCCAGCAGCGGCUUGAGUGAGAAGGAUAGGCUCGCUAUGGAGGCUAGGAAGAAGCGAUUUGGGGCUGCUGCGUGAUUAGAUCCAUGUUUCAUUACCACUUCUACUUGUUUUUCUAAACCUGGCGCGAUUUCAUAGGCGUUUUGAGGGAAUCAUUACUGUGGAAUCUUAGUAUAUGCAUUUACCACAUUACACGGAACGUCUAUCUCCCUUG